AUGGCUUCGAUGGCGAAGCUCGCGACGGCGUCGAGCCGCAUUACUCUCCUCGUCGGUUUCAUCGCCGCCUCUGCGCUGAUGCCUUCUGGGUGCUGGGCUCAGAGCACCAUGAGCACGACGUUCCACAGUGAUUUCCUCGAAGGCGACAUCCGCGUCGUCGUGGGACCCAACCGAAACCAGAUCCGCGUGCAGACCAAUAUGCCGGACUGGGCUAAGGCGGUCACCCCCAAGAAGGAGUACAUUGUGGAGACUUACCCUUUCCCGUCCAACUUCUCCUCUCUCACGGACGUGAAGCACGCCAUUUUGACCUUCGCCCCUUCCAACUGCUACCCCAUCUACAACGGCACCAAAGUGACGGCAGCGCAGGCCAUUCCCGCAUAUCUUGCAUCAGGCCCCGAUUUCUGCCUCUCCUGCUACGUCUACCUCACCUUCUCCCUCCUCGACGUUGACACUGCGAGUCAAAUCGGCAGCGAGUGCACGGAGACAGACAAUGGGAAGCUUCGCGGUUACAUCUGCUCCACGGAUGAGGGUGCUGACGUCACAGUGGCGCAGGCGCUUGGGAGUCCGCCGGUGGUGAAUGGCGGCGGGACGUCGGUGGGGUUUCUCUACACGGAGAUGUUUGUGCGCCAGCCCGCUGGCUCCACCAUGCGCAUUCCGUCCAUCCGUGUGGAUCCCCUGGCCAUGAAGGGAAUUGGGUACAUCAUGGUGCCAUCCAAGGGUCCCUCUCCUCUCCCUGGGACUUUUGACGCCAUGCCAUACAUUGCAGGCAAUGACAGCAAGUCCGUCGGCGUUGGUCUAGUGUUUUCAGUUACCCUGAUGACUCAGGCAUCGCUCGCAACCACCCCGUUCAGCAGCAACACAGUGCAGACAGUGAACCCCACCGCCUUCCCUGUGCUCUCCAUGAGUGCUCCUGCCAACCAGUCGCUCACUCUCAACGCCAGCAUCAUCCCCCCCGCUGCCAUCGGUGCUGCUGCUGGUGCUGCUCCCUCCUCGUACAACAUUUCCCUCUACAUCAGCAAGGACCCGCUCCCGAAAUCCACUGCCCGGGCUGCUGCUGGCUGGGGUGUAACCCUGAUGUCGGUGAUGUUCGCUCUCCUCACCCUCCUGCCUGCCAUGUAA